UAAGUUUCGUUAAGAAAAAGGCAAAAGGAAGAGAGCUUGAAGGAAAGAUCAAAAAAUAUAAUAUCUAUCUUCAAGGGUUUUCCGGAGAUCACAUAAUAUUCCGAUCAUCAUCGUCGUCAAUCAGAUACGAAAAGUAAACAAUGGAUUGGGGAACGGUAACAACAGAAGAUCUGAUAGAAGCACUGAGAGAAGUAGAUUGGUCCUCUCCCCCUCGCCCUCUCAACGAAUUCUUUUCUAAAUUCACCUUCCCUCGCUCUUCUAACAAAUGGAACAGUCGCCUCAAGUGUAAUCUCUAUUACUAUCGGACAAACUACUUUCUCAUGGUUAUGUUCAUUCUUGGAUUGGGAUUUCUUCGGAGGCCACUUGCUAUUUUUGCUGCCCUGUCGACAGCUCUGACAAUAGCUUUCUUGAAUGAUAGCUUUGCAGGCACGUUUAGUGAAAAAGUAACAAGAGCUGUGAGGCAGUUUUCACCGCAUUUAGCCGCAAAAAUGAGACCUUCUCUAUCUCACAGGCCUGUUCUUCGUGGACGCCCUUCUUCUAAAAGGGCAAUUUAUAUAUGUGGAAGACCUCGGUGGGCAUUUGUUUUGGUCUUCUCUGCUGUGAGUUUUAUGCUUUGGUUUAUUUCUUGUGGCCUCUUGACUCUGUUAUGGGCAUUUACCUUUGGUUUUCUUGCUACUGUCGCUCAUGCAAGCUUUCGAACACCUAACCUGAAAGCACGUCUGAAUACAUUCCGUGAGGAAUUUCGUGCAGUUUGGCGCAGUUACAGUGAACUGUAGUCACUAUUCAUGGUGUGAAGAGACAUUGUGGUGUAUUUGGGGAUGGACUUCUUUUUGAUGCUGCUGUUGCGGAAUAACCCUUCUAUUUUGGAGCUGCUCAGUUCUCAAAAAGUACGUGCGCUGUGGGUAACAGGCUGUAAGUUGCCUGGAGCUCAUCUUUGAUAGCAUGACACAGAUAUUUGCUUAUUAUUAGGUAACGAAGGGGGGAAUUUUGGAACAGUAAAUCUUAUGUAAAGUCUGCUGGCCUUUGAAUAUUCCAUCUUAAGCCUCAGAAGCUGGUACUUUAGCUUCAAUUUGUUUGUUCAUAAACCUGUGUAUGGAUCAAAUUUGAAACUUGUCGUACCUUGUUCGAUAUCAUUUUUAGUUAUAUGAUCUGAGAUCUUUACUGAA